AUCUCUUACUUCAAUUAUUAUUUCUUCGAGCAAAUCAUUUAAUUUUUCUCGUUAUAAAAAUUAAGGCAAGUAUUUCGAUUUUCUUGUCAAAGUUUAUCAAAUGAGGAGGCAGAAUUGCUUAGAGGAGCGUUUGUAUGAACAAGCAAGAGUUGGAAACGUCAAAGCCAUCAUAACCCUCCACCAACAAGGCGCUGGCCUUGAGUGGAAUGAUAGGGAAGGUAGGACAGCUUUAAUUGUGGCGUGCAUGAAACCCGAGCUCUACAAUGUUGCGAGAACUUUGAUACAGUUGGGUGCUAACGUCAACCAUUACCGUCUAGGAAGAGGUGGGGGUACUCCUCUACAUCAUGCUGCAAGAAGAGAUUUUGUGCCGACAGUUGAGUUACUUCUAGCACGUAGAGCAAAUGCAUUUAGAAGGAAUGAUGAUGGCCAAACACCCCUAGAUGUUGCUAGAAAUAAAGGAUACAUCGAUGUUGUUCGGGCAAUUGAGGGCCAUAUUGACUACCAGCGUAGAAAUGAUAAUUCAUUUUAUGUAAUAUGCUUAGGGGUUCUUCUUCUGGUCGUGCUUAUUCGACUUAUGAAAUUAAUCUGAUUAGAUGCUCCUGUUCAAGUGGUGUGGUAUAUAUGUCUUGUUGGAAAUAAAGUGUAGCUACUUUUAUUUCCAUAUGUUGUUUGUCAAAAUGAAGCUAAGAUAUCUGCAUAUGUAAAUAGAGUUUAAGUAAUAUAUACUGUUAGUAUGAAUAAUAUUUAUACUAUCGGUA